CACAUCAUUGGUGUCAGUGGGGGGAAUGGUGCCCCAUCGUUGGUGUCAGUGGGGGGAAUGGUGCCCCAUCGUUGGUGUCAUGGGGGGGAAUGGUGCCCCAUCGUUGGUGUCAGUGGGGGGAAUGGUGCCCCAUCGUUGGUGUCAGUGGGGGGAAUGGUGCCCCAUCGUUGGUGUCAGUGGGGGGAAUGGUGCCCCAUCGUUGGUGUCAGUGGGGGGAAUGGUGCCCCAUCGUUGGUGUCAGUGGGGGGAAUGGUGCCCCAUCGUUGGUGUCAGUGGGGGGAAUGGUGCCCCGUCGUUGGUGUCAGUGGGGGGAAUGGUGCCCCAUCGUUGGUGUCAGUGGGGGGAAUGGUGCCCCAUCGUUGGUGUCAGUGGGGGGAAUGGUGCCCCAUCAUUGGUGUCAGUGGGAGGAAUAGUGCCCCAUCAUUGGUGUCAGUGGGAGCAAUAGUGCCCCAUCAUUGGUGUCAGUGGGAGCAAUAGUGCCCCAUCAUUGGUGUCAGUGGGAGGAAUAGUGCCCCAUCAUUGGUGUCAGUGGGAGGAAUAGUGCCCCAUCAUUGGUGUCAGUGGGAGGAAUAG